CGUAUCGCCCUGCUUCCGUUACGUCAGAUCGAACAUGGCGGCGCCCCAUGCCGCGGCCGGCGUUGAUGGAGGCUGCAGUGAAACAGAGCUUAUUCCGUCAGAUUCAGACCCCAAGGAUGUCAAGAGACCCCAGUUUGGGACUCGUUUCCUCACGGACCCGCGUCAGGUCUUUCAGCACAACGCAUGGGAUAAUGUAGAGUGGACUGAGGAGCAAGAAGCAUCUGCCAAGAAGAAAGUUUCAGAAAACAGUCAGCCCCUACCUUCAGAGAAACAAGAGGAAUACGACAACCGGGCGAAUGAGUACUGGAACGAUUUUUACACAAUCCAUGAGAAUCGUUUCUUCAAAGACCGUCACUGGCUCUUCACAGAGUUCCCAGAGUUGGCCCCACAGUGUAGCCUUAACCAUGAGUCCAAUCCAGAGGCCGCUUGUACGGGAGAUGGACAGCAGGAUGCUCUCGCUGUCGAACCAACAAGGGGAUUGGCAGCUUUGUCCCUCGCUGAUGGGGACCUCCCCGGCUCCUCUGCCACAUAUCGCAUUCUGGAGGUUGGAUGUGGAGUAGGAAACACAGUCUUUCCAAUUCUGAAAACCAACAAUGACGCGGGACUAUUUGUUUACUGCUGUGAUUUUUCCAGCACUGCAGUGGAGUUAGUCAAGACUAAUCCAGAGUACGAUCCUGGGCGCUGCCUCGCCUUUGUUCAUGACUUGAGUGAUGUGGAAGCUAAUUACCCAGUACCCGAUGGAGCCCUUGAUGUUAUUGUGCUAAUCUUUGUGUUGUCAGCUUUGCAUCCCAGCAAGAUGCAGGCAUCAAUCACUAGAUUAGUGAGGUUGCUGAAGCCUGGGGGAGUGAUGCUGCUCCGGGACUACGGACGCUAUGAUAUGGCACAGCUUCGCUUCAAGAAAGGAAGGUGUCUUCAGAAAACUUUUAUGUCCGGGGUGAUGGUACAAGAGUAUAUUUCUUUACUCAAGAUGAGCUCCAUGAAAUGUUCACAGAGGCAGGGCUUGAGAAAGUGCAGAACUUGGUUGACAGACGGCUACAAGUGAAUCGAGGUAAACAGCUUACCAUGUAUAGGGUGUGGAUCCAGUGCAAGUACCGCAAGACUCAGCCACCUGAGACGCAGGGCAGUGAAAGAGAAGAAACCCUGCCUGCUUCGAACUUCAAUCACAACUGAAACUUUGAGCUCAAAUCAAGACGCUGCUGGCCUUUCUUUUUUUUUACUGAGGAUGUAUGGAAAUGAAAUGCUUUAUCAUAAUUGAGAUAAAGGGAAUGCCACAAGGUAGCUAUGUGCCAUAAAGGCCCUUAACUUCAUCAGCUGUGGUUAUCUUCAUGGACUUGUGUUAAUGCUUCUGUCUCUGACGGUGCUUCAAUUCUGAAAGAAAUACUACAUCUAUUUUUUUGCUGAUGAGUUCAGUGAUCAGCGAGAGGGCUGGUUACCCCGAACAAUGUUUAUACAAUGCCAAAUGCUGUUUUUCCACGAGCUGAUGUUUUAAAAUCUACUGCAUGAUUUUAAAGAUAAAACUUUGCAACCGUU